AUGAGCGAAUCGCCAAUCGCCGUCUCGAAAACCCCGUCUGGGAUCACGACAAUCACAAUCACACGACCCCAUCGCCGCAAUGCAGUCAACCCGCCCACCGCCCGGGCCCUGUACUCUGCCUUUAUUGAUUUCGAGGAAGACACAUCCCAAAAGGUCGCUGUCCUGACCGGUUCCGAGGGAGCUUUUUGUGCUGGCGCAGACCUGGUCGACCUGACGGCGCAAUCCAAGCAAGAUCCAGCUACUCUAGACCCGCUGGAUAGAGAUCAUCUGCAACCGGUCCAAGAUCGCAACUGCGGUCCCAUGGGUCCGUCGAGGUUGCAGGUUAGGAAGCCCGUGAUUGCCGCAGUGGCGGGUCACGCUGUCGCCGGUGGCCUCGAACUGAGCCUUUUGGCUGACAUGCGGGUGGUCGAGGAGGACGCUGUAUUUGGCGUCUACUGUCGUCGCUGGGGCGUGCCCCUGAUCGAUGGUGGAACAGUCCGCCUGCAAGCUAUCGUUGGCUUGGGACGGGCACUAGAUAUGAUUCUCACGGGGCGACCAGUUUUGGCACAGGAAGCUCUAUCUAUGGGUCUUGCGAAUCGAGUUGUUCCCAAGGGUAAGGCGCUUGAAGAAGCCACCAAAAUCGCCGAGUUGCUGCUGAGGUUCCCCAACGCGUGCAUGAACGCUGACCGGAAUUCUUGCUACUAUGCGGCAUACAAUGCCCAGAACUUUGAAGAUGCGAUGAAAAAUGAGUAUGACCACGGCGUCAAGGUUGUGCAGUCGGAGAGCAUCCAAGGGGCUGCUCGAUUUGCUGGUGGUCGAGGGAGACACGGCGGAUUUGAUAAGUUGUAA